AUGAGAUAUCCCAGAGCAGCAUUUGUAGCAUCUGCAGAGGAGAGACAGAGUACCACAGCACACAAAAAGGCCAUACAGAGGGUCAUCAACACGGCCCAAAAGAUCAUUGGACACUCUCUCCCCUCCCUGGAGGACCUUUACAGCACCCGCUGUCUCAGUAGGGCCUACACUAUCAUCAAGGACAGCACACACCCAGGACACUGGAUGUUUGAACUGCUGCCCUUGGACUGUAUCUAUGCAGCUGUUGUGAUUAUAAAUUUCAUCUUGACUUUGCCUCUAAGUGCACCUGUCAUCCACCUCUUUAUAUUCAUGUUCAUGUUCUGGAAACCCAACACAAAUCAAAUCUUCCUCUUCAACCGGGUGUUGGCUGACUUCCUCCGGCUGAACUGCUCAAAAAAGUCCAUAACGUCAUCCAGGGGGGAGCAAAGGAGUAUAAGUGAGAUCAUCUCCAAAGCUAUGCUUUUCAUGCUGUUUUUAAACGGCGGAGCCAGCAUCAGCUUCUUGACAGUUCAAUACAAUCCUAAUUUUCAUCUACUGAGCCCUGGAAGGAGAAACUGUGUCAAAGUGUUUAAGAAAUCUCCUCAGAUAUCCGUGAUCAUCUGGAUCCUCCUGCUUCCCCUCACCAUCCCCACUAUGGUCACAACCUUUGAGUGCUGCAACAGCCACGGCCGUAAAAAUGAGACAUAUUUUCACGAUGUGACAGAUACCUUCAGAGAGAUUGUUUUCUUCUCGCAAAUCAUCAUCCCCUACAUCAUCCUCGUCUACUGCACGGUCUGCAUCGUCAAGCGGCUGAGGAAGAAGACGGUCGGGGAGAGGGCUAAGCUGAGGAGGGCCGUGUGGUUGGUCAUAUCCAUAGUUGUCAUCUUUUCCAUCUGUUUCCUGCCCUGCACGAUAGCCAGAGCAGUUCUGCUGUAUGUGCAGGACGUGGAAAACACAGCCGUCCAGGUGUACGAUGCCCUCAUGGUUUUGUCUUACAGUGACUGCCUGCUGGACCUGAUGGUGUACUGCUUCUGUAACUCAGGGUUUAAAGAUAUUUACAUAUCCACCGUUUGUCCUGCAUUUUUUCAGAAGAGAUGGAUUAAUCCUGACUCUGGCACCAAAAAAACUACAUAUACCACUAUAGCUCCUGGCACCAGAAUGAUAUCUUUGCCCACACCAGAGAGCUGAUCUUUUACUUUGACACUUCACAACAGUGCAGGACCUUCAUUUAUCUUCAUCACCACAAUUUGAGUGACAAUUUGAGGUCAUCAGACGACCUUUACUGGAAGAUUGCAAACACAUAGCAACACCACAGAAGAAUUAGUGGGCAGCUGAGAUGCAGUUCAAAGGUUAGCAUUUUUUUCAUUGUUAAAAGAUGAUAACUUUGCAGACUGGGGGCGUGGAGGGGUUCUGAUGUGGGGGGAGGUAAAGUAUCUGCUUGAAGGCUUCACAUCACUAAAUCUUAUUAAAUUCUGUUAUGCAAGACACGACAGGAUCGAAAUCAGCGUUAACCGCAUAGUUUAUUUUUUAGAGACUCUCAUUAUGUUUCAGAAACUGUAAUCACAGAAAAAAAGUCACAGUCUUUUGGAACAAAACUAUUGUGUCAUCUUAUCAUGUAUACAGAGAUGCAUUAUACACGUGUAGUA